AUGAGGCCUAGUUGCUAUGAGAGGCAAGCAGGCGAUGAUCCGAGUCGAUAUAGUCUCUAUAUUGAGGGGCUAUUACUAUUAGACUAUUUGAUGGGCGGUACUCCUGGCAACUCUUCGAUGUCGAUCGAGAAGACUUCCAACUGUUCUAGAAGCUCAUACGGUGCAGAGCAUUGCGGUUUCUCUCCGACAAGAACGUACAGACGGCUAGCUAUGUAG